AUGACGCCCUUGUUCAUGAAGACCCGAGAGCCUCUUAAGGACGAGCUCCAGCCGAUAAUCCGCCUGCUUUCUCCUCAAGGAAGAAUCGUACAGUUCAAAAAUGGAAAGCCCGAUGCCAAAAUUGACUGGUACACGAACCGAGAUUUCUCGCCAGACACCCUGAGGGUUGUUGUGGAUCUUGUCAACCGAUUCCCCGGCAUUUCGAUGGACAGUUUAAGCACAAGUGCUUCCAAGAAGGUGCAGCACGCAAUCAAUCUGCUCCAGCAUAUGGGAAUUAUUACACCUUUGGAAAACGGCUUCGCUAUUCCCAAGAACAGUACAUUACUCUUACUCUUCGAAUCUACGGUGUCCUUCAACGUGGAUGCAAUGACGGCCUACCUCGAGAAAGACUCCAGGUCGACCGCGGUCUUGUGUCAAAUGUUUGCAAUGUUGAACAUCACCGACAAAGACAGCAUGGAGAUUUACGGCAUGGAUCACUACCAGUUUAUGACCAAAGAAUGCAAGGACGACUAUUCCGGCAUUUGGCAAGCACUCAAGGAGCUUUUCGCCAGCCUCGACCGAGCCCAACGUAAGAAGGAGAUCGCACGUACCCUUAUAAAAACUAGACACCGGUUCAGCAAGGCGGUAUUUCCUGUACACGUACAGUUGAGCCAAGAGCUCUGGUGGAACGCCAUCCAUACCUUGUCCGAGAGAGAGACUGAGCUGAUACAAGAGGCUUUGCUUUUGGCCCGGAUGGACCACGUCGUGCUGUUUCCAAAUGGCCCAGACAGUGGACGCACCCUGGUUGGCAACAUGCAAGUCCGUUUGUCAUGUGAGAUGUCCGCUACGAACCCCACCGUGGUCAUCGUGAGCCGCAUUAGUCGGAAAUCUCCCCUAGACUCUCUGAUCGGCGAUUUCAUGGCAUUUAUUCCCGCUCGCGUCUUCAUAAAUGUGGGAACGCAGCGAGGAGGCGAACGAUCUCUGUGGCAGACAAUCAACUUGGACCCUAGGCACUGUCCCUCUUCCGCUUUGUCCGUGUUCGAACAGAUUGGUUCCGAGUUAGAAACCCACGGGCCAAUUCUCAGCAUCAAGGCUCUCCGCAUGGCGGUUUUCCCCCGCAACAAGAUGCCGAGGAAGGUUCCGUCGACGGGAUAG